AUGCGUUGCUCUCUGGUAUUUGUGCUACUGGCCUUGAUCCCUUCUGCUGUGGCCCAAGUUGUUGUUGACGAAGCUGAACCCACGAACGUGACAGGAUCUAUCAAAGUCGAUUGUGUGUCAGCCGAUGACUUCGACCCUAGCUUCGACUACUUUGAAGGUCUCAAGUUCGAGGUAACCGACUACACUCCAGAGGUGGUAUCUGAUCUGGGGACAGAUGCUUUUGCGGACAAGGCAGAUUUGGAUGGCACUACUAAUCUCUUCUCUAUCACCUACCACAAUCAUUACAAGAUCUUGACCAAUCAUCAGGUGAACAAGACGUAUCUGCUGUACAUGUGUGGAACUCAAGAGCAGAUUCCCGCAAAAGAGUUGGAACCAGGAAAACAUCAUUUGGUUCUAAGUGUCCCUCAUACUGGAGGAGUGGCCAUUACCCAAACUACACAGAUUCCGUACCUGGAGUUGUUAGGAUUGCGGCGACAGAUCGUUGCCUACAUUGGUGAUCCCUCUUAUGUGACGUCACCUUGUUUGCUUCAUAUGAUGAACGAAGAAAACUCGGUUGACUUGGUAUAUGAUCCCAAUGAUCCAUGGAAUUCCACCAUUACAGCUACUUUAACAGCACAAUUCCUGGAAGAGAACCGUGAUGCCAUCAUCUUGGGAGGGCCAUUCCAUGAUGCCAGCGGAGAUCGUUCGGCAAUUGUAUCUGCUACACAAGAAAGGACGACCGUGGCAACGUUUGAUUGGAUUGGAUUCUACGCUGCAUUCUUCAACCUCGAAGGCAUGUCCAACCAAAUUGCAUCUGACACCAAGGCACGCUUUGAUUGCUCCGCUUCCAAUGCAGCCACGUUGUCUGCGGAUCGAGCAGAACUACCCAAGGUCCUUUGGGCCACCUACUUUCAAAGUUAUAAUUGGUCUGUUGUCCAAUGCCCCACCUGGGAUUCAGCCUAUUAUUGCGAGUACGCUAGUCACUGCGGUGCUCACAUCAUGUCCCGACCGGACGAAUUUGGCACAAAUAUUGGAGGAUACUGGUAUCUUGACGAUGAUCAGUUUGUGGAAUUGGGCAAGGAAGCAGAUGUCAUGGUCUACACGAGCGACUGGGAUACAAUCUAUGAGGAAAAGGAGGAUGUCCUGGAUCAAAUCAAAGCAGUUCAAAAUGAGCAAGUCUAUGAUACAAAUGGAAAAGGCCCGUCCGCCUGGUUUGAACAACGUCUGGCAGAGUACGAUGUGGUGGCGCUAGACUUCUGCGAUAUUGUUGGUACAGCGAGCAACAGUGGCACAGGGGGGGCUCACACUCGCCAGUGGCUUCGCAAUGUCUUCAACGGCGAGCCCAUUGGAUCUCUUCCAGAAUGUGAUGUUCGGGAUGGAAUUGACGAACCUUUUGUGGCCGUAGGAGCAGAGUGCACACCCUUGGAAGAGUCUGCUGCAUCUACAAACACGGCCGCCGAAGACGCCGGUGGAGACAGCAAUGCCCAGGGAGCCGUUUCGAAAGGUUCUUCCUUUGCAAUUAUGGGUGCAUGGGCAUUUUUGCUGGUCUCCUCAGUCCUCAGUAUUGCUGUGUAA